CGCGCCACCGGGCCGUGCCCCCGACGCUCCCGCCUCUCUCAGAGCGGGGUCCGGACCCGGCUCAAUGCGCAAGAGGCAGGCGCCUGCUGCGCUUGAUGCACCGAGAGUAGCUGUGGCGGCAGCGGGGCUUGUGCCCAAAGGCAUAUUAUGGAACCGAGCCCGGCAGGAGGAGGCGGAGGUCCAGGGGAACCAGCACAUGCCGUGGCACUGCUGCGGGGUCUGAGUGCGCUGCGCUCUGAGCGGAGCCUGCUUGAUGUGACAGUGGUGGCCGGGGGCUGUGAGUUUGGGGCGCACCGAGCUGUGCUAGCCGCAGCUUCUGGCUACUUCCGUGCCAUGUUCGGUGGGUCACUGCGGGAGUCCCGGGCCGAGCGGGUGCGGCUACAUGGGGUGGACCCUGAGUGCCUGGCGCUGCUGCUCGACUUUGCCUACACUGGUCGGGUGGGGCAGCUGGGCCCCGACAUCGCAGAGCGGCUGCUGCGUGCCGCCGACCUACUGCAGUUCCCAGCCGUAAAGGAGGCAUGCGGUGCUUGGCUGGCCCGGCAGCUGGAGCCGGCCAACGCGCUGGACAUGCAGGACUUUGCGGAGGCCUUUGCUUGCCCAGCCCUUGCAGCUGCCGCACACCGCUUUGUGCUGCGCCAUGUGGGUGAGCUGAGCACGCAGUUGGAGCGCCUGCCGCUGGCGCGGCUCAUCUCCUACUUGCGGGACGAUGAGCUGUGUGUGCCCAAGGAGGAGGCUGCUUUCCAGCUGGCACUGCGUUGGGUGCGUGCCGAUCUAGCUGCCCGUGCCCCGCUGCUGCCGCAGCUCCUGGCCCAUGUGCGCUUGCCCUUUGUGCGCCGUUUCUACCUGCUGGCGCACGUGGAGGGCGAGCCCCUGGUGGCACGCUGCCAGCCCUGCCUGCGCCUCCUCCGGGAGGCCCGCGACUUCCAGGCUGCCCGCUAUGACCGGCACGACCAGGGGCCAUGUGCUCGCAUGCGGCCACGACCCUCCACCGGCCUGGCAGAGAUCCUUGUGCUCAUUGGCGGCUGCGACCGUGAUUGCGAUGAGCUGGUCACCGUUGAUUGUUACAACCCACGCACGGGGCACUGGCGCUACCUGGCCGAGUUUCCUGAGCACUUGGGCGGCGGCUACAGCAUAGCGGCGCUGGGCAACGACAUCUACGUGACAGGAGGAUCAGAUGGGUCAAGGCUCUAUGACUGUGUCUGGCGAUACAAUUCUAGUGUGAAUGAAUGGACAGAAGUGUCUCCAAUGUUAAAAGCAAGAGAAUACCACAGCUCUACAGUCUUGGAUGGACUGUUGUAUAUCAUAGCCUCAGACAGCACAGAACGUUACGACCACUCCAUAGACGCCUGGGAGGCUUUGCAGCCUAUGUUGUACCCAAUGGACAACUGUUCCACCACAUCUUGUCGUGGCAAACUCUUUGCUAUUGGCUCUCUAGCAGGCAAAGAAUCCAUGGUUAUACAAUGUUAUGACCCUGAAACUGACCUCUGGUCCCUAGUGAACUGUGGACAGCUGCCUCCGUGGUCUUUUGCACCAAAAACUGUGACUCUUAAUGGACUUAUAUACUUUAUAAGAGAUGACUCCGCUGAAGUGGAUGUUUACAAUCCAAUGAAGAACGAAUGGGACAAAAUCCCUCCUAUGCUUCAGGUUCAUGUUGGAGGGAGCUUGGCUGUGCUUGGUGGGAAGCUCUAUGUCUCUGGUGGCUACGAUAACACAUUUGAACUUUCAGACGUGCUGGAAGCUUAUGAUCCAGAAACUCGAACAUGGAGCAUAGUGGGACGGCUGCCUGAACCCACCUUCUGGCAUGGAAGUGUCAGCAUAUUCCGACAGUUUAUGCCACAAACUACACAAGACGACGACAGUAUCACUCUGGAUAAUGCCAUUAACCUAAACAGGCAGCGCCAGAAUCUUCAUAAUCAGAAUCUUAAUGAGUUACGUUAACAGUAGAAAAACUUCUCUCUGGCUUGAAGUGAAUUCAUUACAAAUAACCAGUGUCACUUUGGGGGAGGGCAGGAGGCAAACUGGUGCUUGGAAACUCUGAAAUGGAUUGAUCAGUAAUUGCAAGUAGGGAGGUAGUAAAAACCCUGAAAGAUUAAAAUGUUGUUGUAGGAAGCAUAGUUGGCAGAAAGUUGGAGGCCUCUUUGAGUGCAUUGUCCCUCAGCACUUUUCUGUGGAUGGAGAAGGUGCAGCAUUAGCCACAGAAAAGCUCUGAUAGAGAACUCUGGAAAAAAACAGGUAUUUUUAAAAAAUCACUUGUUACUCAAGCACCAAUAUUGCUCUUCCAGGCAGCACUGUGUAGCUUUUGAUCAGACAGCUUUCACUAGUACCCUGCAGUCAGCAGCUUUCCACAUCAUAACACUUCAUAUUUGCCACCAAAUUCCAUUCUUUGUGGCGGUAUUUUAUGGAAACACAGAAGAUAGGGAGGACUAAAGUUCGCUAAUACCAGAGGCUCUCUGAAAGGGGAGAGAUUGAUUUGGUAAGAUAUGCCUGCAGAUCUAAUGCUCUUCUCAGUGCUCCAGAGGAAGAUAGACCUCUUGCCAAUAUGAUCUGAGGGAAAAUUCCACCCACAAAGUUUGGGUUCAUUAUAGAUGUGCAGAUAUGAGGAUAUAAAUAUCUAGCCCUAAAUAUGCUGAGCCACCAUAAACUUUAGUCACUCUUCAUGCUUUUAUGAAGAACCUAUUAAACUGCAUUUGCAUAAAAAGCUCAGUGCAGGGAUAUUAAGGUUGAGAGUCAUGAAGUUUGAAAUUUCCCUCCACCGCAACCUUAAAAAUGUGAUAAAUUAAUUGUUAAAAACUGCUACAGCACUGAAAGUUUUUAUACAGAAUUUUCAUUACCCCCAAGCAGCUUGUGCUUUUAUUGGUCCUUACUAGGAAAAUGUUUCUUUAGAAACUUAUCAUUUUAAAAAUGAUUCACAUACUUAGAUUGAGUGAAAUGUCAAAUGCAUUUGUUUCUUUUUUUAAGCAAAUAUCCAUCUGAGAAGAAGAGUGGGGGGAGACUUUAGGGGCUGGGGGCUCAUGUCAAAGAUCUCUUGGACAAGAACAUCCUCCUCCAUCAACAUUCAAAUCUGAAUAACCUUUUUGUUUCUAUCAAACUGUUUAGCCUGCCGUUGAACUUGGCAGAGAAAUCUCUGCAGUAUGGUCUUGUCUAGUGAGGUUAUUUGCUAUUUAUUAUUGAUGUUCCAUAAGCUCUAGACUUUAACUUGACUCUUUUUAUAUAAAGGAUGGCAAAAUUUGUGCUAGAUUAAGCAGAUAGGUCCUGGAUAGUAGAUGGGGACACUAUAAAAUGCAGAAGGGGUAUUUUCACUAUUUAGACACUAAAGAAGUAGAUCAGAAUGGUAUUUUUAGGGGAGAACUUAUUUAAAGGGAGGAAAUAAAGAAGAGCUUCCUUGGGAACUGUCCCAUGGAUUUGAGCAAAGUAACUGAUUACAGUAUUUGGUAUAUAGAAAAAUAAUUUUAUGCUGCUUCAAACAUUCAUGAUAAAGAAUGGUGGCUAAGCUAAGGUAAAUUUACGGUUUAUAAAUGGAUCAAUUUGCUGAGUGAUAGAACUUUCUAACAUGUUAAUAUUACACGUGAGAAUUGACAUUCAUCAAAAUAAUUUAAAGCAGCUGUUGGAAUUUUUGAGCAGUUGGUAAAUGCUAAUCAGGGCCUUUAGUUAGUGCAUAGAGACUGAAUUUUGUUUAGAUCGCUAUUGCUUUUGUAAUCAGUAAGUUUUGCUUUCAGACUUAAGUGAUCUGGCAGGCUUAAUUUUAUUUCCUGUAUUUAAACUAAGCAAGCACAUUUCAAUGGAAGAGGAAAUUUCCUGCUAAUUCCUUGAUUGUCUGGCUGUUCCUACAAAGCUCUUAAAUUUCAAAAUGCAGCAUGGUCUAGUUGAAAGCAAGCAUUAAUGUCCUUUAGGAAAGAAUGAUGAAGUGAAAUAGUGGGUGAGAUGGUAGCUGUGCAUUUUCUCAGUGGGAAAACUGUAUGAAUUUAAACUUCACCUACAUGUGACAAACCCAGAUAUUCAAUCACACAAAUCUUUAGGCUUCUUCAUUUGGAAGAUGCUGUAGGAUAUCUUAACUCACUGAAAUGUCCUAAGUUCCCAAGGGAUAAAGCAUUUUCUACAGCUCUUGAGUCUGUUCUCUCUCGAACAUUUUCUCUCUAUUGCAAACUUUCAGCAGAGAUUCUUCCCAUUAUCCUGAACUUGGACCACUCAAACCUUGAUAGGUUAUUGACAGUGCCUUAUCAGAAUGUAGCUUGAGACAGGGAUAUAGAGCAACUAGAUUAUGUUGACAGACUUCAGUCUACCAAGACUUCACAGUGGGUGGAACAAAGUUACUGUAUAAAUCAACUUGAUAGAGUUGGCAAACUUCAACUUCUGUUUUGUUUUGGAAACUUCUGCACAUGUUGCAGGGGAGUCCUGGAGAUCAUGCUCCAAAAGCUCUUGCUAGAGCUUCGUGUCAUGAACAUCAGUCUGCUGGCAAAGGAUGACUAGACAAGAUGGUGGGACUCCUACUUCCGUAUUAGGCAAAGAAGCUUAGACUGGUAUGUCAGACUUUGACCCUUGGUAGUGCUACCAGCUGGAAAGAACGAAAAACUCACUGAGUUUCCUACUUGGAAGUUGGGAAUACCAAUCAGUGGACCAUUUGGUUACCUCAGUCAGGCUUUUAGUAUCACAAAUUUUAUAGUAACCAGUAGGAAACCUACAUCUUCCACUGAGCUUGUGCAGUUAUUGUAAUGGGAAUGGUAAACACAACCAUGUGGUGCUCAGUAGGGUGUCAGUAGUUUAAGACAUGUAUUCAAGUCCAUCUUAAGAUGUGGAGCACUGCUGCCUACAUGUUGUGAUUUAGUAUAACUUAAUUUGCAUAGUAGAAUGGUCAAGUAUUUAUGCUGAACUAUUAAAGUAUAUUUAUGUAGAACAUUCUCCUCCCGUAGUGCUCUCUGCUGGACCUGUCAUCUUGACGUUCCAAAACCAGCUGAGUAACUUUAGGUUUGUAUUUAUAACUUUUUGUAGAUUUUCAUUGUGUCCAAACCUUUAAAUACUGUUUAAAUACCAUCCUUUGAAGCAAAGGCAUUUUACGUUUUGACAGAUUUUGGAAUUUUAUUCAUACUUUUGUUUUUAAACUUACUUGAAAUGAUCAAGCUAAAUAAAACAUGUUAAAUGUAAA